AUGGCUCAGUUUUUAGAACUUGAAAAUUUGAAAUUAAGAAGAGAGAUCAAAGAACUUCAAUCCGCUUUGCAUGAAAUAGGAAGAGAAGUGUCAUAUGACAAACCUCGAAAAGACUACGAAAAAUUACAUAGGAGAAGGGAAAGGUUGAAAAGAGAAAUCGCAGAAAAAGUAAACAAAGGAAUUUACGAGCCGCCUAAAUCACCAGAAUUGUAUGAAAAACCAAAGAAAUUUGAAGAAAAUUUUGAAAAUGAAGAAGACUCUGAUUAUUUGAAAAGCUAUGAAAGUGACAGGACUUUGAAAGAAGAUGAAUUAAAAAGAAAUGACUCGUUGCAGCUGGAAUUUUUGAAGCUAAAAGCUUCAGUAGAACAAAUUAAUCAGUCAAUAGAAAAUCUGCAAGAAAAUUCAUUGAGAAAAAGCUCGAAAAAGCUAAAAGACUCGUUUGGGUCUUAUUAUUCAGAUGAAAAGGGAGAACUUGAAAAUGAUGAAGUAAUCGUUGACACAAAAACUUCAAAAAGGCUUGUAAAUGUACUUUGCCAAGAAAUUGAAGCUUUAAGAGCUGAAAACAGUGAGCUGAAAUUACAGAUGAGAAAAGUUUCAAAAUCCCCUAAAAGGAAGAGAAUUGAAGAAAAAAAGCCUAUGAAAUUCAACAGGUGACAAAGCGCCACAAGAGGCAGCUUAAAAUCUCCAAUGAAAAUCAAAGAUACAACACUAGUUUUUGAGUGCGCCCAAAAUAGGCUUCAUAAUUGUUCUGCUUGCGACCUGCUGCUUUCUCAUGGAUACUCUACGAAGUGCUGCUCAUCACAUGGGAUCACUUGUAAAAAUUUUCAAAAAUAA